AUGGGAACCCUCUUUACCGUAAACUCUCCCUAUUGAAAGUGGAGUGUGUUGUGUGCGUGGGAGACCGAGAGGCUGCUGCGCAUUGGAUCUAAUGCAACUGACAUAGUCUUGGUAAUUGUGUUGCAGGCGGCGUACGCCGGCGGGUACGGCGCCGCGGCAGCGGCAGCGGCUGCGGCGGUGGGCGGCGGCGCCGGCCCUGGAGGGGGGUUAGGGCCCGGAGGCGGCGCGGGCCCUGGCCCGGGCCCCGGCGCCGACCCCGGACCCUUUGGGCCCGACUCGCCCUACUUCCCUUUCACCACCCCGAGGCGCGCAGCCCCGCCGCCCGGGAACCUCGUGCCCGGCCCUGCGGGAAAGCGGCGGAAAGAUACGCUGGACCAAGACACAACCGAUGUUGUAACAGCGCAUAGCUGGUGCUACGAUUCGGACGCAAUGGUACAGCUGCACAUCCGCCGUCUCCACACCGCCGGAGGUAGCGGCGGCGGCGGCGCCCCAGCGACGGUGAGCAAUCGGCAACGCCGCUGGCCCGCGCGCCGCGUGGCGCGAAGACCGAGGAGCACGGAGCACCGCGGGGGCGAGGGGCAGGCCGGGCAGGACGGGGAGCAGGCAGCGUGCAGAGGCAGCAUCGAGGUUGAAGACCGCUAG